CUUGAGCCCGGCGGUUCGCCGGGCAACCACAGAGCGGUUCCUGGGCCAGGGUGACCACUAGGCUGAGCUGUGGCGAACCCUGGGCGGGGGCUGGGGCACGGGGCAGCAGUCGUUGUUCCAGCCGCCACCGUGACUGGGCUAGCCCCGCCUCCCCCAGUGCCGGGCCUGGCUGGAUCGGACAAGGCGUCGGACGGUGGGUCUGCAACCGAACGAAGGGCACAGGUGAGCCUAGGACGCCGAGCGCGCUGCCCUACUCUGCCACAACUCUGCCACAGUCGGGUGGAGGGCUCUCCCAGGGUGUGGGACAGGCUGCUACAGCUCCAAGGAGGAAGUGCAGUCCCGACCUCCUGGUACCUGUACCUACGAGGUCGCUUUAAGACCAGCAAGCUGGCUUCAGGGAGCUAAGAGAGACUCCGAGAGAUUUUCCGGAUUUCCUCAGGCAUCUAUGAGAACUCAGGACUCCAGCCAUGCAGCCACAGGCCCUGCUCCAAAAGGACCGCCCCGUGCCACAAAGGGAGCCACCCGAUUUUUCUUGGCAUCCUGCUGGUGACCUCUGACGUGCAUCCUUGACAACAAGAGUUUUGUUAACCUCCCAGAGAGGAUCACUUUCUUUAGGAGGGCCAGACUGAGUGGGUGAGGGCUGACCAGGUUCGGACUAUGCCAUCCAAGUCAGCUUGUCUGCGUCACACGGAGGUACCUGGGCAGCUGGAGGGCAGAAUGCUCCAGGGACAGCUUCCAAAUACAGACAAGAACCUCACCCCAACACCUGCCUCCCUAUCAGCCACUGACCCUCAGGGUUCAGAGACAAACCCCAUGCCUCCUUUCAGCAUUCCAGCAAAACCAAGCAACCAGAACCCACAAGCUAAGGCAAACCCCAUCACCCCACAGCUACCUAUGAGACCCAAGUUGGAGCGAACCCUGUCCCUGGAUGACAAGGGCUGGAGAAGAAGGCGUUUUCAAGAUAGUCAGGAUGAUCUGACAGUCCAGAAUGGGGCCAGUCCUUGUAUGGGCUCCAUGCAGGACUCUGUUGCCCAGUCUCCUGCCUGCAGUCGGCCCCUACCCUGCCUCAGCACGUCCUUGCAGGAGAUUCCUAAGCCCCGAAGGGCCACAGGCAGUGAAGGAGGGAGCCCAUCCUUGUGGAGUGACUGUCUCCCUGGAAUGAUCAGCACCUCCUUGGACCUCCUGCACAGAGAGGCCACACCAGGUGGGGGCUCCCCCAGGUUGGCAAGUUUGCAUGCCGCACACACACCACCAGCCAUGGACCUCAACAUAGCCUCCAGCUCCCUGAGAACAGCAAACAAGGUUGACCCUGAGCAUGCCGACUACAAGCUCCGCAUGCAGACCAGGCUGGUCAGGGCUCACAGCAGCCUUGGCUCUAGCAGGCCCCGGAGCCCCUUGGCUGGUGACGAUCACUCCAUUCACUCAGCCAGAUCUUCUUUCAGCCUUCUGGCCCCCAUCCGCACCAAGGACAUCAGAAGCAGGAGCUAUCUGGAGGGAAGUCUUAUGGCCAGUGGGGCCCUGCUAGGAGCAGAUGAGCUGGCCAGAUACUUCCCAGACCGGAACAUGGCUCUCUUUGUGGCUACCUGGAACAUGCAGGGCCAGAAGGAGCUCCCAGCGAGCCUGGAUGAGUUUCUGCUCCCCACUGAGGCCGACUAUACUCAGGACUUGUAUGUCAUUGGAGUUCAGGAGGGCUGCUCCGACAGGCGGGAGUGGGAAACUCGCCUGCAGGAGACACUGGGCCCUCAGUAUGUGCUGCUGUCAUCAGCAGCGCACGGGGUCCUGUAUAUGUCCCUGUUCAUCCGCAGGGACCUCAUCUGGUUCUGCUCAGAGGUCGAGUACUCCACAGUAACUACACGCAUCGUGUCUCAGAUCAAGACCAAGGGGGCCCUGGGCGUCAGCUUCACCUUUUUCGGCACCUCCUUCCUCUUCAUCACAUCUCACUUCACCUCUGGAGAUGGGAAGGUAGCCGAGCGGCUGCUGGACUACAGCAGAACCAUCCAAGCCCUGGCCCUGCCCCGGAAUGUGCCCGACACAAAUCCCUACCGCUCCAGUGCAGGGGAUGUCACUACCCGGUUUGAUGAGGUCUUCUGGUUUGGGGACUUCAACUUCCGCCUGAGUGGUGGCCGAGUGGCUGUGGAGGCCUUCCUGAAGCAAGACACCGAGGUGGAUGUGCUGGCACUCCUGCAACAUGACCAGCUCACCCGAGAGAUGAAGAAAGGGUCCAUCUUCAAGGGCUUUGAGGAGGCGGAAAUCCACUUUCUCCCAUCCUACAAGUUUGACAUUGGGAAGGACACCUAUGACAGCACCUCUAAGCAGAGGACACCUUCCUACACAGACAGAGUCUUAUACAGAAGCCGCCACAAGGGUGACAUCUGUCCCAUGAAGUAUUCCUCUUGCCCUGGGAUCAAGACUUCAGACCAUCGUCCUGUGUAUGGCCUGUUCCGGGUGAAAGUGAGGCCAGGGAGAGACAACAUCCCAUUAGCCGCUGGCAAGUUUGACCGAGAGCUAUACUUGAUAGGAAUUAAAAGACGGAUUUCAAAAGAACUUCAGAAACAGCAAACAAUGAAGAACCAGAGCUCCAGUGCUGUGUGCACUGUGUCUUGACGGUACCAGACAAGUACUGGCUACUGCAGCUUGGGGACCAAGGUCACUGGAAAGAGAUUGGGCUUGUUCUUUGGUGCCUCUUGCCAUGUUGGGGUCUAAUAAACCAUGGCUAGGGGCUCUCCUGCAUUCAGUACAGACCCCAACCCUCAGGACAGAAGUGGGCUGUGGCCAGGCCAUGCUUAUCUCGGGGCAGGCCUCAGUUAUUUAUGCCAUGUUCCCACAGGCACAUGGCAGGGAUUUGUUCUGAGUGGGACAUAUAGACACCAAGCAGCAGCCUCACACAGAAGCUGUAGACAGAGUGAGGCUCGCCCCAAGCAAUCCCACACCCUCCCUAUGGAACAGCCCCAGCUUCCUGCCCUUGGCACUGUAGCUCUUUCAACCCUGUCCCUGUUCUCACGCCAGAGCCCAGGUUACAGAUCUGUGUCCUAGCAGCCCUUUCCUCUUCCAGCGAGGGAUCAGGCAAUCUCUGCUAGCUUAGAUUCACAAUGGCCCUAAAACCUGCCAAGGCCUAGAAUUCAGAAGCCAAAGCUAGUCACUUCUGGAGUGUAUCUAGCAGGCAUUUUGGCAAGUUUUGGGGUUCUACAUCCUGGCCCCAGGCUCCCAACCUCCAGUUGAAUAGGGACCUCUCCUCUCCACAGCUCUAUCAAUUCAUGGCUUUAGGAGCGUCAGACCAUUUGCUUUUGUGCUGCUAGCCCCAGAACAGCAUUAGAGGUGAUGUCACAGGGCAGCACCUUGCUGGGCUUCAUUCCUUGAAGGCGGCUUAGAACUCCUCGUUGCUUUCAAUCUCACCCCAUCCCUGAGCGACAUAGCCUUGAAUGUACAGACACCUAGGGGCAUGCAUCCAUUCUAGUCUUCUAAAUAAUUUAUUUUUCCAUAUUUAUAUUUUUAAAUAAAUGCAUAUAUUCAAUUGUGAGCUCUCUCUGGCCAAAGACUGAACCUUGGAAGCAGCAGUCUGCGUGCAUCCCAGGGUUUUAAAGGGCAAUGGAAGUCAAAAGCAAUUUGUUUUUUUUUUUGUUUGUUUGUUUGUUUUUUUAAAGAUAGUUUCUCUGUGUAGUCCUGGCUGUCCUGGAUCUUGCUCUGUAGGCCAGGCUGGCCUCGAACUCAGAGAUCUGCCUGCCUUGGCCUCCCCAGUGCUGGGAUUAAAGGCCUGUGCCGCCGCCUCCUGGCAAAGGCAGCAAAUUUAGUCUCACCUGUCACUUGCUACUCAGCCCCAUCCCGGGUCCUUCUGCUAGUGCUGCCCCUGCUCACAGCCAGAAGUGGCAACAGCUGGAGAAAGCGACUACUUGGGGCUCCAGUGAACCAUGGUAAAACAAGCUAACAAAUGAGAUAAAACUUGCCAGCAUCAGCUUCUAGAAUGUGGGAUGUCAGCAAAGCCAAGCCUUCCUGCUUCAAUAAACCAUUCAAAUGUACAUGGAAAGUGCCAGAAUGUCAAAUCAGUGAACUGCAAACUCCCAUUGGGAAGACUUGUGUUAACGAAGCUUGAAAUGUCCCCAUCUGUACCCCCUAUGCCCCAAAGGCUGCCUUGGAACUUGUGACCUUCCUGCCUCAGCUGCCUCCACUAUCCUGAUUUGAGUGAGGUCUGAAGCUUCUCUUUUCUUUUUUGGGGGGGAGAGGAGGGGAGGGGGCUUUCAAGGCAAGGCUUCUAUGUGUAGACCAGGCUGACCCCUAACUCACAGAGAUCCGCAUGCCUCUGCCUCCUGCAGGAUUAAAGGUGUGUGCUCCACUGCCUUUGGUGCUUCUUUGUGGUCAUCCUCUGGCCCUUUAGAAAAGACUGAAAUAAUCCUGAACACCUGAAGUUUGACUUGAGAUGAAGAACAUCAAGUCUCAGGGAUAGGGGACAAAGGGCAGUGAUGACCAUUUCCGUUUAGACAGGGAAUUUCAGUUGCGAACAUUUAAGCUAGUGUCAAUGAGGUGGGAAACUAGAAAGUGGGCUUUGUAAAUAAUUGUGAGAUCAACUGGCAUAGUGACUCAUACUUGGACUCCCAGUAAUUGAGGUCAAAGCAAGAAGAUUACUGUGAGGCCGGCUUCAUCUAUAUAUUGAGUUACAGGCCAGCUAGGGCUAAGUAAGACCUCCAUCUCAAAAAACGGGGAGCUGUUAAAUACCAUCAGGCUUGUUCAGGAACUUAGCUUUAAAAAUGAGCAGGCCAGGCGCAGUGGCACAUGCCUAUAAUCCUAGCACUUGGAGACAGAGGCAGGAGAAUCUCUAUGAGUUUGAGGCCAGCUUGCUGUCUACAUAUUGAGUUCCAGGCCGGUCAGGGCUAUGCUGUGAGAUCCGAUUUAAAGGGG